GAUUCACGUUGAUCCUGAAAUGGCAGGAAUCAGUUCGCAAGCAAACAUCAAGGAAAAGAUCAAUGCAGUGCGGUCCGUUGUCCCUAACAAAAGCAACAAUGAAAUAGUGCUUGUGCUACAGCAGUUUGAUAACAACGUAGACAGAGCUGUGCAAGCUUUUAUGGACGUACUUUUGAAAGAGUACAGGCAGCCUUUCCACUUCAAGCAAACAGAUACUUACAUGCAUCAAAGGAAAUACGUCUUCCUAAGUUCUUUGGCUGCAUCUGAAAAUCUGCUCUCCGCUCGCCCAAACAGCAAAAGGAAAAGAAGCAAAUCUAAGCAGCAUCACUACAGCAAAGAUAUGAAAGAUAAAGGCGACGAGGCGGAAAAGGUGUCUCUGGAGUCCCCAGAACUGCACACCUGCCGUCUGAAUGGCUGCGAUAAGGAACCGUUUCCCAGCAAAUCUGCCAAUGAAAAAUCUAAAGUGGUUCCUCAAGAGGAGAAGAGCUUGGAAUGCAAAGAUAUGGGAGAGGCAAAACCAGAAAUCGUAGGACAAAAGGCAGAACUCAAGAAAAUACUUCUAGAGGCCGAUCGAAAAUUUGUAAAUAGCACGGAGCUCCCAGAUGCAUCAUUGUCCUCUCAACCCCAGUGCAACAUAGGCAGGCCGAAGUCAAAAACAUCUGCCGUUAAGCCACCUUUAUCUGCUUCCCAUCUUGAAAUAAAACCAGAAGAUUCACUGAAGAAAAGAGGUCCAAAUAUUGAAAAAUCAGUGAAAGAUCUUCAACGCUGCACUGUUUCACUAACAAGAUACCGGAUGAUGAUUAAGGAGGAAGUGGAUAGUUCAGUAAAGAAGAUCAAAGCCGCCUUUGCCGAAUUACAUAGCUGUAUCAUCGACAGAGAAGUGUCUUUAAUGGCAGAAGUGGAUAAAGUUAAAGAAGAAGCCAUGGAAAUCUUGACCGCUCGUCAAAAGAAAGCCGAGGAAUUGAAGAGGCUUACAGACUUGGCGAGUCAGAUGGCAGAGACACAGUUGGCUGAACUGAGGGCGGAAAUUAAGCACUUUGUAAGUGAACGGAAAUACGACGAAGAGCUGGGCCGAUCUGCCCGCUUCUGCUAUGACAUUGAGCAGCUGAAGACCCAAAUUCAACAAUGUGGAGAAAUUUCUCACCCAAAGAACAAUUAUUCCUCAAGAACACCAUCCGGCACACUGCUGCAGGCAGCCACUUUGCGCACGGCGAGCGGCAUUCAAAGCACAUCCGUCCGGAAAUCGUCCAGCCGUGCCAAGACUCCCGACGUUAAAGCGCCAGUGGCCAAAGUCUCCAGCCAAGCCGUCGCCAGUACCUCCGAAUCGUCUAAUCCCGUAGCACCAGCAAAUAAGCAGAAUGGCUCGUCCAGUCAGAGACGAAGAUUUCACACAUACUAUUAUGGCGUUCGACUCAACGGGUCUCUUAAGCCACAAAAUGCCAGCACUGAGAUGGAUCAGAACAACUCCAAGAGUAAUUCCCGACAUGAAUACAGAAGACAGCACCAUAACAGUUUCAGGCCAAAAAACAAAGGUGUUAUUAAAACCUUAGAGCAAUCUACACCAGCGAAAAGCAUGGAAAAUCUCACAUGCCCAGAAAAAAACCGUCCAAAUCAUCCGGCGCCAGGCCCGAUGGAGCCCCGAGCUUUAUGCAGUAACGUCGCAAGAGUUUCUCCGUGCAAUCUAUGUCCUCCACGGAUAGAGGCCUCCGCAGAUACGCCUGUCCUUUCAGUGCCAGCUGUGACUUUGGUAGCAUGAAGAACGAGAGACUGGCAAACGUAAUGUUUUUGUCAUCGUUUCUCACUAAAGGUGCUUCCCUCACACCCACAAUGCUCGCAAAAACGGCUUUUGAAACAUAUACAAAUCGUGGUAAACCAAGCUGAUUUUAUUUUAUUUUCUCAUAAUAAUCUGCCGUAUCCUGUUUCCUACUAUGAAGUCUUUCCUCAGUGUACUCAAAUUUACCUUUUCUCAUAACGAUGCAACUUUUAGCUAGCCGGUUCUUAGCAGAACAACCAAAUUGGUGUUAAAAAAAAAACCUUAAGCCGCAGGACGAUGUCAGUAUAGAUAUAACAUAGUUGUUGCUGUCCAAUUUGUCGUUUAUCAGUGUUAGAAGGGAAAAUACCAAGACAUCCGUACUGCUGGCCUGCAGUCAAAAUACUUGUGCGCAUACAGGAACUCUUCUCGACUCUCUCGUCCAUAUUAUAUGGACCCCAAAUUAUCAGGACAGAACGAUCACCUUAAAUUCUGUUUGAUGUGACCUCAUUUUAUAGCCCAAGUGGUCUUCAACAUUGGUCAUAAAGACCAGCUAAGAAGUAACUUAUAUUUUUCCCCCCUGUGCUGUAAAAUUGGGCUAAACGCUUGCUUCUGUUUUUCAAUUUGGAAUUUGUAUAAUUAACGCAGUCCAGUUUUCUAGCCUUGUGACUUCCUUUUCUGUGACUUUGAUUCAUUUUUCCCCCCAGAUUAAAUAAUUGGAAAUGUUUUACUAACAGAUUCAAAUAGUCGGUUGCUGCCAGGGACCUUCCCCUUCUUUCAGGUUCUCUCACCCAGAAUCGGAGCUGAUUUCAGUAGGCUUGAAUACGUCUAACUCUUUUAAAGUAAGUGAAAUGCGUUUUCCCUGCCCUGGAUGGCCCAGGCAAGCCCAAUCUCAUCAGAUCUCGGAAGCUA